AUGUCGGUCGAAGAUGAGGUGAGCCCGCUAGCAGAAGAACGGGUCAUUGAGGAGGAGCUGGUGUCAGAAUGCAGAGAGCAAGCGCAGAUGAAUGACCCAGAUGUUUUUGAAGACCUUCCUGAAUUACAAUGUAUCACACCUGAAGACAUGUCAGAAAUAUCUUUUAGUCUUCCUCCUGCAUGUCCCAUAGCAAAAAAAAAAAUGUGUAUUGUUGAAAAACACCCUUAUCAGCCAACCAGAAGUGAAUGCGCAGAUCUUCCUUUUCAAGAAGCCGACUUUUAUUACCGCAAAAAGUCUAAUGGGGAUCGUAUUAAGCAUUGUAAGAUAAAGGAUCGAAAGUUAGAAGCAUUUUUUUGCAGCAUAUGCAUUGCCUUUUCUAAUUCCUCUUCCUCGUUCACUCAUGGUUGUUCUAAUUUUCGACAUUGCUAUCAGGCAGCAAAUAAGCACGAAUCUUCAAAAAGUCAUUCUGAUGCG